AUGUCAGACUUGGGGAGAGUCGGAAAUUUUUCAAGAGUCGCCGGGGUGAGACAUGUUAAGAGUGGACUUCUUGGGUUUGUGGUAGGGAUCUCUUUAGCAUCAAUCCUGGCGGUCCAAAUUGUGGAUCGGACGAGGAAGGAGAUGGACUGGGCUGACAGUGUUUCUGAACUAAGCAGAUCAGUCAGAAAACUUGAGUUGCAUGUGAAAGAGCUGGAGCGACGCUCGUCUAAUACUAAGCCAUGA